CAUAUCCAUCCAUCGAUCGCUCGACACUUCCCGACGUCUGCCUCGCGAGGGAACUCCAUCUCCAGAUGGGCGGAGUUGUCGACCAAGUCUGGGACAGUGAGAGCUGUCGAUUUCGAUCACGAUGGCGUCUGCGCCGCGCGGGUUGGCGGCGUACAAGAAGAAGGAUGGCGUCCUAGCCAUGGCGAAGGAUGGCAAGACGAUCACUUGGACGCCGGCAUCGGGCGAUGCAGCUGGGAUGGUGACGAUUGCGGUUGGACAUAUUACCAAUUUGCAGCAAACUCCAGCGAGUAAUCCGAAAGUGAUGCUGAGAGUUUUCGCCCAGUUACCGACCGCCACGGCGCCCGAGCAGUAUGUUUUUUCUUUUACGAACGGAGCCAACGCUCGUCCCGAGGCGGAUGCUAUCAAAGAUGCCCUCAGUGCCGCGAUUCAGGCUUCCAAGGCAGUGCCGACGCCCGGCGCAGGGACGGACGGCGUGUCGCCUGCGAUGGCGAUUGCGAGUGCCCUAUCGUCGUCUGGAACUGGGAAGAAUGCGUGGGACGACGAUAACAAGCUCAGGACGGACGCGGAGCUGCAGCAGUCGUUGCUCAAGGCGGAUGCGAACCUGCAGCGCAUGUUCAUGGAGUCGUUGCGCACCAAGCCGGAUACGAUGACGGGCGCGCAGUUCAUGUCGCAGUUCUGGUCGACGAGGUUGCAUCUCCUGCGGGCGCAUGCGAUCGAGAGGGCCCAGACAAGGGGAUCCUAUAAUGUUCUCUCGACGCUGAAACCGCGCGUGGAGGAUAACGUGACCAAGUUGAAUAUUAGCAAGGAGCAGAUCCAGCUCAUUUUCAACCAGCAUCCGCUCGUCAAGCGGGUGUAUGAUGAAAAUGUGCCCAAGUUGAGUGAGCAGCAGUUCUGGUCGCGGUUCUUUCAGAGUCGGUUGUUCAAGAAGCUGCGUGGAGAGCGGAUCUCGGAGACGGAUCCGACAGAUGUCAUUUUGGAUAAAUAUCUGAAAGUGGAUGAGAAUGCGGAUCGCAAACUCGAAGCACAUGUGCCUCAUAUUAUUGACUUGGCGGCGAACGAGGUCAACCAUAGUCAGAAGCAGGGCAAUCGGCCUGAUAUUGAUAUGAGACCGACGACGUUGGACAAGGUGCCAAUUAUCCGGUCGUUGAAUAGUCUGAGUGAGAAGAUCAUGGCCAAUGUUGCGCCUGCUGAUCGGGAUCCGUCGGCGCCUGUUGGUAUGGAUGAGGAGACGUACAACGAGCUGCAGUUGCGAGAUCUGCGGGGCGACGAGGAGCAGAAUCGUCUGAUGCUGAAUAUUCGUGAUCAGAGUCGGUUUUUCUCUCAGGCUAAGGAUCUGGAAGAUGAACAGAGCAAACUGUUCGCGCAGCAGGACCCAGAGCAGAUUCUGGUCACGCUCCGCAGUGAAGUUCGACGUGAUCUUCCGUCGGACGGAUCUAUCCCCUUGGGCAAGCUGGUCCAGCCGGAGGAGGAUAGUGAUAAUGAAGAGGGCCCGCAGAGUCAGCAAGUCGGAUCGAAGGCCAACCUGCAGCGUGCCUCGGCGCAUAUUCUGUCGAAUAUCCGCGAGCGGCGAGCGCAGACGGAGGUGACUUCAUCUUCCGAUACAUGUGGCCUACCGAGUAAUCUGUUCGACCGGUUAACACUGACGCAUGCGACGACUACGGAGUUCCUGCAUCAAUUCUGGCAGGCCUUCUUGUCCGGCAAUCCUGACCGCGCAGGAGAGCUUGCGUCGCUGGUCGAGUCGCUCAAUCGAGCCAUGGAGCGCAUCAAGUCUGUGGCGGCUGAUGCUGAGGCCGAGCGGCAGGUUGAAGUAGAACGACUGAAGCAGCACGCUCGCGACGUGCUGGCUACGACGGGGAAGAAGAUCCGCGUCAACCUGGCGGGAGUGCCUGGCGGCGAGAAGGUAGUUAACCAGCUGCUUGGCCCGACUAUCAAAUCACUGGAGCUUGCAAUGACGAAAUACAAGGACGCGCUGGCGGAGGAGAUGAGAGAAGCCCAGUCCAGCACGCCGGGACCCAGCCAAGGAUGAUGCUUUCUUUUUCUUUUUCUUGUAAUGAUCCUGUCACAAAAAUCUGCAUCAAGAGGAGUUUUAGGGAUUUUGGUCCUGUUGUUUUUUUUCGACUCAUACAUUGUAUUAUAGAUCUAUCAUGAACAUGAACCCUAUGGAAGAAAACGAGCUUACUAGCUUACUAUAAUUGAUUAAUCUAUGCCACUAUCUACG